AUGAAGGUUGGAUUCUUCGUCCAGGAAGAAGUCGCGGCAUUGGAGGCUUUCAAAAUCUCGUUCUGCAACACCCAUGGGUUCUCAGAUCACAAGAAAUUCGACGAAAUGAUCCAACAUUCCGAGCGCGAUGGCGGCGACUGGCCGUGCCCAGCAGAUGUGUGCACCAAAAGCGAAUUCUGGAACCAAAUUUACGACCUCGUCCCCGACCGCGAUCGGCGAUCUCUGUACCGAUUCAUGCGGCGGCACUUCCAAGAUUCAGCUCAGAAGCCACACGAAUGGUCGGCAGAACAAGACAGAGAGCUCGUCGCACUCAUGAGCCAACACAAAGGCAAAUGGGCAUACGUUGCCAAGCUUCUCGGCCGUAGCGACGACGAUGUAACGCAGCGCUGGAAGAACCAACUGGAACACCGAGGAAAGAUGAACCGAGGGAAAUGGAGUGAAGAGGAACUGCGCUCUCUGCUAGACGAAGUCCAGAAGGUCUGGAACAAGACUUCAGCAUUGGACGGUCCUGCUGCUGGAAAGGAUAUGUAUGAGUUGGAAGAGAAGCAUCUCCGAUGGGGCGUUGUUAGUGAUAACCUGAACAAUGUGCGAUCGCGCCAGCAAUGCGCAGACAAAUGGCGCAAGAUUCGAAGAUCUGUUGAGAAUAUGCGUGCUUGUGGGAAUCCUGAUGCCGUGUACGAUCCUAUCGAGGCCGUCAACAAGCGCACUCGAUGGGGUUCUGGAUCUGUCACCCCGAAGAGCACAUAUUUAGUCGGUGACGAUGACGAUGAAGAUGGAGACAGCAAGGGUGGUAACGGAACACCAGGACCCAUCAAUGGCCUUGGUCUCACUGUGGAUGAUUCUCAAGCACCUGCUUCAGAGAAGAAGCCAUUGCCAGAGGCACCAGCUUCUCCACAGCCGACCGCUGAGCAGGACUCGGAACCCGAGCCUGAGGCUCACUCUCCCGUCACUUCCACACAAAAUAGCCCCGAAAAAGCAAGCCCAAAACAACGCAAACAACUCGAAUCCGAAGAUCCAGCUGUGCUAGACGACGAGGCAGAACAAAAGGCAGCUAAGAAGGCUGAAAAGGAGAAGAGGAAGAAGGAGAGACGCGAGAAGGAGAGACGCGAGCAACGCGAUGUUAAUGAAAUUGUGGCAGCAAUUUCAGGGAGCGUCAAGAAAGAAAAGAAGGACGAUAAGAACGACAGACCCCGCAACCCUCUUAUCGAUAAAGCUGGACAUGAAGCUGAAGCAGAGCACGCCACUCCCACGCCCUCAAAGAAGAAGAAGCGCAAGUCUAUGGCUACUAACGGCGCUGCUACCGAUGAGCCCAAAUCUCCCGAGUCUCACAAAAAGAAGAAGAAGAAAUCGACUCAAGAAAUUGCUAAGUAA